UAGGUUAGGUUUAAGUUUAAGAUCCAAGUCCAAUGCCAAAUUUGCUAAAGAUAAAAUUGGAAUACUUUUAUUAUAUGUGAAGAUUUGAAAUUUACAGAAAUUUAAUUGCAUUAUAUAACCAAUUUUUGAAAAGGGUGAGUAAUGAAUGGGAAUAUCUGUGAAUGCCUUUGACUUACAUAAUAUAUUAACCAGAUGUCUUUUGAAAAUCAGAGAAUAGCAGUAUUAUAUGGUUCCCAAACUGGAAACGCUCAGGAUUUAGCCGAAAGGAUAUGGAGAGAGUCCAAGAGAUUUUAUUUUAAAGGCUCCGUGAAGGCUUUAGAUGACUAUGAUGUACUUCAUCUUAUCCAGGAGACUUGUGUUAUCUUUGUAUGUGCAACUACUGGUCAAGGUGAAGAACCAGAUAAUAUGAAGUCAUUUUGGAGAUUUUUAUUAAGAAAAAACCUACCUCCAGACAUUCUAUGUAGACUCAAGUUUGGUGUAUUUGGUUUAGGAGAUUCAAGUUAUGCAAAAUACAAUUUCACAGCAAAGAGACUUUAUAAGAGGUUACUACAAUUGGGAGCCAAUCCUCUCGUACCUUUAGGACUAGGAGAUGACCAGCAUGAUUUAGGAUAUGAUGCUGCAGCUGAUCCUUGGAUAGAAAAUCUCUGGAGUAGCAUUUUAAGGUUUCAUCCGCUACCUGUGGGCAUAGAACCUUUAUCAAAACAGUAUAAGAUUGAACCUAGAUGGAAUGUUGUUAGUCAUUUUAGUACAAUUAAAGAAGAAUCACGUAGGCCACACUCUAUUUAUUCCUACAUAAGAAAACCAUCAGAUUUUGUUGCUACAGUGAUAGAAAAUUCGAGAUUAACAUCAUCUGACCAUUUCCAGGAUGUUAGAUUAAUUAAACUGAAAUGUCCAAACCAGAAGUACAAUCCUGGAGAUGUAGUUUCCUUAAGGCCUAGAAAUCUAGACUGGAAAAUAGAAGAGUUCAGGCAAGUACUAUCGUCCAAUGGAGUGGAUAUACCUCCUGAAACAAUAAUAAAUAUAAGAGAGAAGGAUCCUGAGAUAUCUCUGCCUGACGUUCUAAACUAUGAAUUGACUUUCCAGCAGUUGUGUACCGAGUAUUUUGAUUUGAUGGCCAUACCACGGAGACACACUUUCCAGCUGUUAGCCCAAUUAACAGACAGUGAACUGGAAAAGGAAAAAUGCCUCGAAUUCACAUCAGCCGAAGGUCAACAAGACUUUUACACCUACACGUGUAGACCAAGAAGGAAUAUCGUAGAAGUACUUCAGGACUUUCCUCACGCUACUAAAAAUCUGACGUUGGAAGUUUUAUUGGACAUUAUGUCACCUAUAAAGCCUAGGGAUUUUUCUAUAGCUAGCAGCUAUAAAGCCCACCCGGACGAAAUACACAUUCUUCUUGCUGUAGUAAAAUAUAAGACUAAAUUGACCAAAGAGAGGUUUGGUCUAGGCUCGAAUUUUUUAGCCGGAUUAAAGAAAGGUGACGAAAUUACGGCAUGGAUUAAAAAAGGAAGCUUUAAGUUUCCACAAGAAUCGGAUGUACCUGUGAUAAUGGUAGGCCCAGGAACUGGGGUAGCACCUUUUAGAAAUUAUAUAUUCGAUCGUUAUGUAGAAAAUAAUAGCAAUAAGAAAAAUUUGUUCCUAUUUUUCGGUUGUCGAUACAAAGAGAAAGAUUUUCUUUGUAAAAGUGACUUUAAACAAAUUUAUGAUAGCCACAAACUCAAUUUGAUUACUGCUUUUUCCAGAGAAGAGGAACACAAAGUGUAUGUUCAAGACAAAAUAAGAGACAACAAGCAACUGGUUUGGGAGGCUCUAGAGAACAAUGCGUAUGUGUUUGUGGCUGGCAGCGCAAAGAACAUGCCACAAGAAGUGAGGAAAACGUUUAUUGAAGUAUGUCAAGAAUGUGGUCAUUUAAGUUUAGAAGAAGCUACAAAAUAUAUAGAAAUAUUAGAAAAGACGGGUAGAUACCAAACAGAGUGUUGGUCAUAGUAUUCUUUUAUUAUCUGUUAAAUUAAAUAUUAAAUUGUUUUUAUAA